AUGGAGGGAGACGUUAUGGACAAACUGGAGGAUGUGGACUCGGUCUAUGAGUUCGAUCCGUUUACGGGCAACAUCCCGGCCACGAAAGUGGAGAUCACCGUCUCUUGCAGGAAUCUUCUGGAUAAAGACACCUUCUCCAAAUCAGACCCAUUGUGUGUCCUUUACACCCAGGGAGUGGAGACCAAACAGUGGAGAGAGCAUUCCAGCGCUACCCUGCGGAACACCCACCGAGCGUAUGAUGUGGACUCUAAAAGCCCUGACCUGUCCAAACACGACUUCCUGGGUCAGAUGUUCUGCACCCUGGGGGAGAUCGUUGGCUCGCCGGCCAGUCGUUUGGAGAAGCCGCUCGGGGGCAUUCCGGGGAAGAAGUGCGGAAGCAUCAUCCUGUCCGCAGAGGAGCUGAGCAACUGCAGGGAUGUUGCCACCAUGCAGUUCUGUGCCAAUAAACUGGACAAGAAGGACUUCUUUGGGAAGUCGGACCCCUUCAUGGUUUUUUACAGAAGUAACGAGGAUGGCACGUUCACUAUCUGCCAUAAGACGGAGGUGGUGAAGAACACUCUGAAUCCUGUGUGGCAGUCCUUCAACAUCCCUGUCAGGGCGCUGUGCAAUGGAGACUAUGACAGGACGAUCAAGGUGGAGGUGUACGACUGGGACAGAGACGGCAGUCACGACUUCAUCGGCGAGUUUACCACCAGCUACCGAGAACUAGCCAGAGGUCAAAGCCAGUUCAACGUCUAUGAGGUGAUCAAUCCCAAGAAGAAGAUGAAGAAGAAGAAGUAUGUGAACUCGGGAACGGUGACACUGCUGUCAUUCUCCGUGGAGUCGGAGUCUACGUUCCUCGACUACAUCAAAGGAGGAACUCAGAUCAAUUUCACAGUGGCCAUUGAUUUCACCGCGUCUAAUGGUAACCCCUCGCAGUCGACCUCGCUGCACUACAUGAACCCGUACCAGAUGAACGCGUACGCCAUGGCGCUGAAGGCGGUGGGCGAGAUCAUCCAGGACUACGACAGCGACAAGAUGUUCCCCGCGCUCGGCUUCGGAGCCAAGCUGCCGCCCGACGGCAGGGUCUCGCACGAGUUCCCGCUGAACGGCAACAUUGAGAACCCGUACUGCAACGGCAUCGAGGGGAUCCUGGAGGCCUACCACCAGAGCCUGAAGACCGUCCAGCUCUACGGACCCACCAACUUCGCCCCCAUCAUCAACCAUGUGGCACGGUAUGCUGCAGCGGUUCAGGACGGCUCCCAGUACUUUGUGCUCCUGAUCAUCACAGAUGGAGUCAUAUCAGACAUGGCUCAGACCAAGGAGGCCAUCGUCAACGGCGCCAAGCUCCCCAUGUCAAUCAUCAUCGUGGGCGUGGGACAGGCCGAGUUUGAUGCCAUGGUGGAACUGGACGGAGACGACAUCAGAGUCUCGUCGAGAGGAAAGCUAGCGGAGAGAGACAUCGUGCAGUUUGUGCCGUUUCGAGACUACAUGGACCGGACGGGGAACCACGUGCUGAGCAUGGCGCGGCUGGCUAAGGACGUGCUGGCCGAGAUCCCUGACCAGUUCAUCUCCUACAUGAAGAGCCGGGGCAUCAAGCCCAACCCGGCGCCCCCGCCCUACACUCCGCCCGGCCACACCCACCACACCCAGAUCUGA